AUGGAGGGACGUUAUGUUACCGUGGUGAUUCCUGGACGUAAAGAAUACCUGACGCUAUGUGAAGUGGAGGUAUAUGGCUAUUUUUCUUUGACAGCUAAAAAUGUAGCAUUGUACGGAAAGGCCACCCAGUCAGACCUCAUUACAAGACCCUGGGCAGGGGAAGGUCAUGCCCAAAAUGCCAUAGAUGGAAAUCGUGACCCAGAUUAUCAUCAUGGAUCUUGCGCUCAUACUGAAGAACAGACUCAUCCCUGGUGGAGGGUUGAUCUACUGAGGCAGUACACUAUUACUUCAGUGGCCAUCACCAAUAGAGGAGACUGCUGCGCUGGACACAUCAACGGAGCUGAGAUUCGUAUCGGCAACUCCCUGCUGGACAAUGGCAAUCGCAAUCUACGGGCAGCGGUUAUAUCCUCCAUCCCAGCUGGGAAAACCCACACCUUCAGCUGGGAUAAAGGGGUGGAGGGCCGCUAUGUUAAUGUUGUUUUGCCUGGAAACAACAAGGUUUUGAGGCUUUGUGAGGUGGAGGUGUAUGGCUAUCCAUCACCAAAUGGUAAGCAUUGUCCUACAAGCUCUCUGUCCGCUGUCUUCCACGUCAGCGAGUUCCGUGCCUCCUGGCUCCCACGCAUACGUUUCCCAGAGUUCCGUGCCUCACGAGCCCAGGUCUUCCGAGAGUUUCUUUUCUGGCUUCGUGCCGUGUAUUUCUGUUCUGUGCCCUCGCGCUUUUGA